AUGAAGUUGGCGAUGAUUUCAAUCCACAUCUUUUGCUCUAUGGUUUUAAGUGGCACAGACAUGGCUGCAACCCAGAGGAUCUCCAGUCUUCUCAGCCGGCUUUUCAACAGCGCUACACAAAACAACAGGCCGCUAGUACUCAUCAUCGACAGGAGCAACCUUCGCGAUGAACCAAAAUAUCCUCUAAAGCCCAGCAACUUGGUGGAUACAAGCCUCGAAAGUGAUGAGGGAAUUCCACCAGCCGUUUACUUACUUCAAAGCCAGGGUUCAGGAUCUCAAAAAGGAGUGUUACCCAUUCAUGAAGUCGGCCAUAAUCUGUACCACGGUCCACACAGUUUGCCUAAGGGUCGGCUCCAAAAGCAAAGGGCCAUCAAGGGUCAAAUGAGAGUCGUCGGGACAACCCCGUCGCCGGUGCUGAAAACACUGCUGAGCUUCGACGGAAAGAAGCGAUUCGUGUGUCAGAUCAAGUGCGAGGAAAAUUACCAAUGUCAACCGGAGCAAUCAGCAGACCCUUGCGAAAGCGACGAUGAUGAUUGUGGCGAAGAGGAAGACAAGAAUCCAAGCACUAAAGGCGAGCGCCUGGUAACAGAUAAGCCCGACUGCGUCAGAUGC